AUGGCGCUAAGCACCAUUACCGGCGAGAAUAAGAAGACAAUAAUAUGUACCGGUUCCCUGGCAGCGAUACUUUCCAUCGACAAUAUAUUUACCCAAAAUUGCCUAGCACAACAGAUCCAUGACUCCUACCAGCAACUUGUUGCCAAGAAUAACACUGUAACUAUUGUCUGGACGCCUUCUCACGUAGGGAUUCCUGGGAAUGAAAGAGCUGACAAAGCCGCAAAAGAAGCUCUAAACAUGGAUUUGCCCACAGUACAAAUUCAACUACACACCGACCUCCAAAACUCUCUGAAGCAGUCUAUCACCAGCAAAUGGCAACAUAUUUGGAGCCUCUCCAACGCCAAACUGGCCCAAAUUCAAACACAAAUAACCGCACAUAAUCUACCCUUAAUGCCGAGAAAGGAUACCAUAAUAAUACACAGAUUAAGGAUUGGUCAUACUGGUGUCACGCAUGGUCACAUCUUGGACAGUCUCGAUCCACCACGGUGCGAAUGCAACGACAUUCUUACUGUAAACCACAUUCUCUCCGAAUGCCCAAAGUAUGAUGAAAAUAGACUAAAAUGGCGGAUAGGGACAGACCUGAAAGAAGACCUUGCAACACCAGAAAAUAUUGCCAGAGUAAUUAAUUUUCUGAAAGACAUCAAAUUGUAUAAUUGUAUAUAG